AAAAUUCAUAUCAGAUUCCGCGGCAGGAUGAGCGACUCGCGUGCCCAGUUGGGCAAGCGACACACCAGCAAAUACGUCAUCAUUUGUUCAUCCAGAACCACGAUGUCCAUUCCCAAAGCUGUCUUAUACUACUCACCCGGCUCCGUGUGGUCAAAUGCUCGCGGAGAAGGGCUAUGCUGAUGAUGAACUGGACCGCAAGGUGGUUGAUCUAGAUAAGGGGGAGAACUUCAGUGUCUCGUUCUGCGAAUCAACCCGGAGGGUACCGUCCCAGUCUUAGUCGUGCCUUUCGAAGACUCUCUUUCUGCGGAUGAUGCGGAGCGGAGAUACAAGUCGGUCAUCCGACCAGAGGCCAUCAUCGCACUCCUCGACAAAUCGCGGUCGCCUCUGUCGAAAACGCGGACCACCUCGAGCGCGCCAGCCCCUUUGCUUACACCUGCGACAGUUGAAUACAAGACGCUGACAGACAAGAUUCAAAGCAUUGUCCACGCGAGCGACGUCUCUGUGGAUACUCUCGCAUCACUGAACGCGCAUGACACUGCGUCAUUGAGUCUACUGGCGAAAGCUCGGAAGGAUGGGCUGAUUGGUCAACGUGAUGCACUGCGGGCAUGUCUUGACAGCGCAGCAUCGGGCCAAGUACAGGCAUCGGAGAAGGUGCGCAAGUUUUGGCAGGCUAAGCUGAGCGAGGUGGAAUUUCUGGUGGAUGUUCUGGAUGUUGCAAAUUCGGAAUUGGCAGACCUUGACACCGAGGCGAAGGCUAGACGCGAAGAUCUAUACGGGCGGGGUUCCUCAGCCUGGCGCAGCACCAAGUCUGCGCUUCAGAUGCUGAAUCAGACGAUAAUCGGUCCGUUUUCAUUGGGGGACCAAUUGUCACUGGCAGACAUUUCCGUGGCUGCAUGGCUCCAAGCUGUUGUCCGACUUGCGGGUGGAAACCAGGAGGAAGAUGCCGCCAGUGUCAUCGCGAAGUUGGAGACCGUAUUCAAGGAGGAAUUUCCAAAGGAGUAUGAUGGUACAGACUCUCGAGGUCAACCAGGGAAAAUCAGCAAACUAGCUGCAUUUUGGGAUGCCAUUCGGAAGCGGCCCGGAUGGCGUAAAAUGUGAAAGUUUGUCCAUUUACGAAAUCAAAGCAUGUAAAAGAUAGGAGUGCUUGUCCCUGUUAUUACCAUCACGCUCGAACAACCAUCCUCGAACCUCUCGACGCCAUGUUGGAAGAAUAUGGGUCCGAUUCUGAGGACACAGUGACCUCUCAGCUCCUUUCGAAGGGAACGGUAGGACAACACGGGUCCUCUCCGCGCCAAAAUUUUCUCGUUCCUUCUUCUGUUCAGUCCGGGCGGUCAUCCCAUCCAUCAUCUGCAGCCCCUUCACCUGUUCCCUCUCGAUCGACUUCGCCUCUGCCUCAGUUCCGCCACUCGGUGAACUCCUCGUCGACGUCCGAGGAGGAAAGCGAAACCAGUGCUCCCCUUCUACGCAACAGGACCCGACGCUCGUGGUGGACGGAUGACAGCCGUUCAUGGUGGGGACAAUCACCUCGUCGCCGAAGACGCUCAGGGCGCCUAUACUCGUCGCUGAGGAAAUGGUGUCGGUGGCUCUUUACCCAUCCGUUUUUCCCUCGACAGCCCAUCACUAUCAUUUUGACUCUCAUACUCCUCUCUGUGUUCACCAUUUUCGUCACUCUCCUACUGAUGUAUAUCCUUAAUCCGGAUAAGGAUCCCCUGCCCUGGAGGGCUUAUUGCUUUGCUUCUCCCGCAUUCCCUCCAACCAACCUCGACUCUCUACCUCCGGCUGGUAUUCUACUUGGCGUUUUCAGCAUCGAUUCGGGCUACGAAAGGCGCUCGCUUGUCAGGACGACUUGGGCCAAACACGUACGAAGCAGAAACGGUGCAGGCGACGGUGACGGUGGCUUGGGAACCUCGCGAACGAUCGUGCGGUUUGUCAUGGGUCAACCGCGGAAGGACUUCGAACGACGUAUUCGUCUGGAGAUGGAAAUGUACAACGACAUAGUCAUUCUCCCGAUCCCGGAAAACAUGAAUGACGGGAAGACACAUACGUUCUUUUCCUGGGCUUCACUGAAUGCCUGGGUGCCUCCGGUGUACAAUGAAACCGGAUCCAAAGCUCCCGUCUACUCGUAUUCCAGUCGAAGCUCGCCACCGCCUGCGCUGGCACCUCAUGAUCCUAUCCUGGCCCACAAACAUCAACUUGAAGAUACGAUUGCCCAACCAUGGGUGCGACCUGACUUUGUCAUCAAAGCCGACGAUGAUUCGUUCGCUAUGCUUGCCGAAUUGGAAGCUCGUCUCCGGGUUGAACUCCAUUCGCCCCCAGAGGCGGGCGAGAUUGAACCGUAUACAGGUGACCCACUCAUCUAUUGGGGAUAUCUGGUGACAAACCGGCUGCAUCGCUUCAUGGCGGGAGAGCUGUAUGCCUUGAGCUGGGCUUUGGUGGAUUGGGCUGCCAAGGAUCCUGCAGUCAAAACGCUCACCAGGGGAGCCGAGGACAAACAAACGGCCAAGUGGAUGAAGCUGCACCCGCUUGCAUCGCAAGUGAGAUGGGUCAGAAUUGACAUACGGAACAGCUAUACGCAUGGGUUCCUUUUCCCAUCCGAGGCGCAACGAGCCAAGGACAAUCUGGUUCCGUUCCCUCACCAGGCCCUGCAAGACGCCUUGAACAACAGUCUGAUGACCGGUGGCACUCCAUCCCCGUCUGAUUGGUCGUAUUCGAGUGUGUCGAAGUUCGGGGUGCGGUAUGAGCCGCCGAUCCCGGAUCUGACGAUCUCUCAAAGUGUCGAGGCUCUCGUCGAGGGCAGCGAGAUGUCGACAUUACGAGAAGGAAAUCCCAAGACACCAGAGUAUGCUUGGGACCGGCGGGAGGGCCGCAAGACCCGAUACCAAGACAAACGUCUGGGAGGCACAGUCGUCGUGCAUUACGUGAAGAAAAGCCUGUGGUACCUCGAGACAGCGCUUGCACUGCUUGAGGGUCCUGAGUUGACGGGUAACGAGGAGGCCGCUCCGCCCGUCAACUUGGGCCAAUUUGGACUGCUUGCAAAUAGUACAGCCUCGCCGGCGAGCUCGACGGUAGAAACAUCGGACACGGACACUGACUCAAUCCUGCGUACAAGUAUCAAUCAGCAAGUAUCAUCCAACAACACCGAACCCAUCCAGCGCAUAAGCCUCCGGGACUGCCUCUUCGAACGUGUUGUACAGCGGCUCAAAGGACUCAUA